UGGAUUUUUUUUAAUUUUGUUUGUUGUUGUUUCCUUUUCUGUGGACAAUUUAGUUAAUCACAAUGAAGAGUAAAAGUAUUUUCGAGGUUGUUCUUGGUUCUUAUGAGAAAUAUUUGGUCGGUUAUUCGCUGGUUCGAGACAAAGUGAACGAUAGUUACAAUUUUGUUCGUACCUUUGCCGAGGAAGCUCACAAUGGUUGCAUCAAGAGCGUUGCCACUUCUUCAACCACUUUGGUCUCCGGUGGGACCGAUGAAUGUAUCAGAAUAUUUGACAUGAAGCGAAAAAAAGAUGUCGCCUCUCUGUUUAACCAAGAAGGAACCAUAACAUGUCUCAAUUUUAUCGAUGAUCAACAUUUAAUCAGCGGAAGUGAAGAUAAUUCCAUUUGUGUUUGGACAACAUGUAACUGGAAAUGUGCUAAAACUUUAUUAGGUCAUAAAGGUCCAAUUAAAGGUCUUUCCGUUCAUCCAUCUGGUGGAUUAGCUUUAUCCGUAUCAAAGGAUAAAGCGGUUCGAACAUGGGAUCUGGUUAAAGGUCGAUGUGCCUUUAUCUCCAAUAUUAAAGAAGUCGCUAAUGAUAUUAUCUGGUCUCCAAGUGGUAAACAAUUUCUCGUUUUAUUUGACCGUCGCCUUGAUGUUUACGACACUGGUUUAGCCGCUCCGAUUCAUAAGAUACCCUUUACCAAGAACGUAAAUUGUGCCCGUUUCAUCAAUGAAUCUAUUGCAAUGAUUGGUUUGGACGAUGGAUGUUUAGAAAUGAUUAACGUGAUGAAAAACAAAUCAUUGAAGAAUCAGAAAAUUCAUGAGACCAGAAUCAAGGAUAUUUGCUUAACUAGUAAAGGCGUUUUAACGGCCUCAUCGGAUGGAGUAGUUAAAUUUUGUCGAGGUCAAAACUUUGCCACAUUAGCGGAGACCAAUUUAGGAUGUAGAAUCACUUGCAUGUCAGUUUUCCCACCACAACCUGUCCAAUUAACGACUAAAUCAAAAUCCUCAGAAUAAUAUAAUUUAUAUAAUCACCUGAAUGAUAUUUUGUACCCAAAGUUUUCCCCUUAAUUGUUGACCAUAAAUUGAUCCUCAUCCCAACAACAAA